AUGUUCAUAUCGGACACGGCCACCACGGCGAUGAUGGUGCCGAUCGGACAGUCGGUAGUUAGUCAAUUAGUGGCAUCUUACAGUUCACAUCAGGAAAACAGAAGUCAAAAUUCACUAGAUUGCAAGUGUGUGUCGACAGCUCUGGUGCUGUGCAUCUCUAUCGCCGCGAACAUCGGUGGCACGGGAAUGCUAACUGGUACUCCGAGCAAUUUGGUAAUGCUGGGGCAGUUAGAGGAGUGA